AUGGGCCUCUUUGGCAGCGACUCGCCUUCGAAGAAGGAGGAGACGGCGCCGCUCGUGACGCCCGAGAAGGAGGGGCUCCGCCAGCGGAGGAAAUCUCCCUUCACAAAGGCCGACGAGGAGAAGAAGGACAAGAUUGACCAGCUCGUGCUUGCAGCGUCAGACAAGGUGUCGCCGCAGGCGCGCUUGGGCGCGUCGGCCGCGCUGAUGCAUCCAUAUCGCCGGCGGCCGCAGGCCAUCGCAACGAUCGCACCAUUCUACAUCAUGGCGGCGAAGAAGCUGUACGAGAUCGGCAACAAGCUGCCCUGGGACAUUCUGCAGGCCGUCAUCGGCCUCGGCCUCUGCUUUUUCGGCGGCGGUUAUUGCGCCUCGAUUGCCGCCGCGUUCGCGCUGACCGGCUGGCCCACCACACGGCAAGCGCUGAUCGACGUCUACGAGGAGGCCGCCAACGUGCUCGACGCAAACGAGGAGGACGACAAGAAGGACGAGGACAAGAACGGCGCCUUUGGCUACUCGGUCGCCGCCCUCGGCUUCUACAUCCAGUGGUCGUGGGGCUUCGGCCUCCCCUUCCCGCUCAGCUUGGUGAUGCUCCCCUUCGACAUCCUGGAGUGGUACAUCCGCUGGUCCAUCUCUUCGGGCGGCGAGUGA